AUGAGAGUUUCAUACUUACUGUUCGCAGCUAAUGCGGCUGUAUGCAGCGCUCUUCAGCUCUCUUCCCACGAAAAUCAAGCUUCGUCAGUUUCACCAAACCGCCGCGCUUUUUGCGAAACGUUAAUCGGCACUGCAUCCAUUGGCAUUCUCGGCCACGCAACUAGAGCCGAAGCUGAAGUAUUUUUCGACCCUGCCAUGUACGGAGACCAAGAACUAAGAGUUGGAACUGUAGAUAGUGUGCGCGAGAAAACAAGAAGAGCAAUUUUGAAGAAUCCAAAGCUUGCCCCGUCUUUCUAUCAACUGGCUCUCCUUGAUGGACUUUCGUUCGACUCGAAGAAUAGUAGAUACGGCCCCAAUGGCGGGGUGGUGUACUCUCUAUUCAAUAACAAAGACCAAAGCGAGUACAUGAAAAACCUGAGAGAAGCUGCCGAUGUUCUCGUUCAAGCCGAAAAGGAGCUCAAGAGAAAGACUGCUGUUUCCAUUGCCGAUUGCAUUGCCGUUGCUGGUGCCGAAGCCAUUGAAUCCAUUGGAGGGCCCGUGUUGGCUGUGCAACUUGGGCGAAUGGAAAUGGACAAGAAAAAGAUCGAAUAUAGCUCGCUCCCCCUAGACAUCUUUUCUGGAAGUAGAUCGCCCAGGGAAGUACGAGAAGCGUUCAAGAAUGCGGGUCUUACAGAACGCGAGAUGACUGCUUUACUCGGAGGCCUUUUCACCUUGGAAAAAGUCGAGAAGUCUCGAACUACUGAAGACUGGAAAGCCUCAGCACGCCCAAAGUUUGUUGAACGCGGAAAGAUGGGUAGAAUGUCCGACUACAAACGAUUAUCGGAUGACGACAUACGUGCUGCAGAGGCUGAUGAAUUCGACGAGGAUCCCGAUGAUGGUUGGUACAUUGCUGAUAGUUUUGGCGGUAGGGACGAUCGUUUUGGCCAACGUAUUGCGAAGGAGGAAAUUAACGAGAAGAGCUUCAACAAAUACUUAAAAGACUUGGAUUCUGCCGCAAAGAAGUUGAAGAAAAAUGAAAUACCAGAUUCAGAGGAUAGCUGGAUUGCAGGAGUGAUUCUUGAUCCGGAAUCCCCUACAACACAAGCAUGGCUGAAAAAGUACGCCGAUUCUAAUCUCAGUUACAUCAAAGAUCUCGGAAUUGCCUUCAACUCGAUCACUCAGUUGGGUGCCAUUUACACGGGAGGAAAGUAUGAGAACCUUUUGAAAAACAAACCAAGAAAGACUUUGAAUGACGACGAUCUCAAAAUUUUUUAG